AACAUGGCCGGGAUAAAAACGCUUCGAGGUCUUAACUAAAGCAGGCGCAUGCCGCGCUUCGAUACAAACCGGCGCCGGUCUCUCUCUCUUUCUGUUUCCUCUUGUGCAGGUCUCUCUCUCUCUCUCUCUCUCUGUCUCUCUCUGUCUCCCUCCGUGGACAGCCGCGGUUCAGCAAUGACCGCCCCGUGUCAGCUUCGGCGGCGUCCUUGAGCUUCUCACGGCUCUCUCUACUUUCCUCUCAUGUCUCACGCCUCUCUCUCUCGUCUCCACCUCUUAGGUGGGGUCACAAAAGUAUGUGUUUUGUGAAUUCCUGUGCGGCGUUUUUGAGUUCUGUUAGUGCUGCCAACGUGAAAUCUGGGGAAUUGAUGGUUGCACAUAAUUGUUUGACGAAAUGCCUCAGAAGGAUGUGGUGUCAUAGAACUUGUUGAUUGUGGGCUUUGUGAAAGGCAGGGAUAUGAAUUUUGCAGUGGGCUUAUGAAUUUCUCGUUCAAUUGGCAUCUAAUUUUUCCAAGAAAAAAAUGGCAGAGGCGUCAUCUUUUGAUAAAUUAAUCGCUCAACUUCGUUCAACUUGUAGAUACUAUACUGGCUACCCGAAGGACCUUGGCCCCUCACGAGUUAUUCAUUUUACAUCAGAAAGACAUUUUGUGCAGCUCCUUCAUGAAGGCCAACCUGUGGUUCUUGCAUUCACGAUCAAGUGUAAUUACACAAAGCAUCUUGACAAAGUAUUGGAGGAAGCUGCUGCUGAAUUUUACCCACAUAUCAAAUUUAUGCGCGUUGAAUGCCCAAAAUACCCAGGCUUUUGUAUCACUAGGCAGCGGAAAGAUUACCCAUUUAUUGAAAUAUUUCACAGCCCUGAGCAGGCUGCUAACCAAGGAAAGGUUGCUGAUCCCAACAUUGCUAAAUACUCCGUCAAGGUUUUGCCAUUCAAUUAUGAUGUGAGUGCAUAUGGCUUCCGAGAGUUUUUCAAGCGGCAUGGCCUGCAUUCAUCUUCGUCAGAAUCUUCGUGAAGAAUGUGAGAUAAUUGUACUUAGUGGAGGGAGGAAGAAUUAAACCAACUUUUGAGACUUAAAGGUCCAUCAAACUGCAAAAAACUUUAUGCAAUAUUUUCACCUAUGUUGUUCUCUGUACAAUUACUUUCUGUCAAGUGUUUUUGGUUAGGUGACAUUCCAUUUACUAGGUCAGAGAUGAUUCCAUGACAGGCUAUUUAUUGUCGAUACUCAGUAGAUGACACUUGUAUUCUGAACCAUAUAAAAUUUGAAUGAAGUGACAUAGCAGGUGGCCCAAUGGGAACCUCAAGCCUAUCUGCGGCCGUGAUUGUUACAA